AAAACGGCAUGGUACGUUCCAACACGGACACCAAUGCAGUUUUUUGGGGGGGGGGGCAGAAGUUGUAGCGAACAUGCUGAAAGGCGCGCAUAGGUGGUAAAGUCAAACCAAACAGUAAAUACACCGGACAUAAGCAUCACCAAAAUACAUUUAGCAUGGAGGACUCAGGUCGGGGAGCCAGCUACACAGUACCCUGUGACGACUACGUCCAUGUGGUGGAGUUCAGCCCCUUUGACAGUGGCUCAGCUGCGUCCCUCCUGGCCUAUGGAGGAAACCAGUAUGUGGUGGUAGGCACCUGCCGCUUCCAGGAGGAGGACAUGGAGGUAGAGGGGGUUGAAUUCACCACACUGCGUGUUUUCCAUCAUGCGUUACGUGUGGAUUGCCUUGCAUGGAGCCCUGAGUCUCGGCUGGACAAGCUGCCCCAACUCAUCAGAUUUUGCACUGCAGCAGCAGACAGAAAAGUGAGGCUGUUGACUUCUGAUCUUCAGAAUAAACAUGAAGUCAAGGUGAUGGAGGGUCACACCAGCUACAUCAACCACUUAGUGUUCGAACCCACAGAGGGGAAACAAAUCGCUUCGGUCAGCGACGACCAUACAUGCAGGGUGUGGGACCUGGAGGGCAAUGAAACCACUACAUUCAGACUACGCUCCCCUGGCGUCACUGUGUGCUGGCAUCCUGAAGAUGUCUUCAAACUGAUGGUGGCCGAGAAGAAGGGGACGAUCCGCUUCUAUGACCUUGUUACCCAGCAGGCCAUUCUUUCUCUGGAUUGUGGCCAGUCGCCGCUCAUGUCGGCCGACUGGUGCCUCACCAACACCAUCAAGGUGGGUGCGGUGACGGGCAGCGACUGGGUCAUCUGGGAUAUCACCCGCUCCAGUUACCCACAAGAGAAGAGGCCUGCCCAUGUAGAACGAGCAGGAAACUUCAGGUGGUCUCGGGCCAAUGAGAAUCUCUUCUCCACAACAGGAUGUCCAGGCAAGAUCAGCAGUCAGUUACUAGUGCAUCACUUGGGUCACCCGCAGCCCGUGAUGAUUGGAUCAGCCACGGUGGGGGCGGGUCUAAGCUGGCACAGGUCCCUCCCACUCUGUGUCAUUGGUGACCGAAAGCUCUCUUUUUGGAUGACAGAAAUGUAA